AUGGCUUCUUUUGAGUCAUCGUCACUGAAGGACUCGGGAGGAGAUUUUUUCAAGGACGGUUUUGUAUUUGUGAAAGAUGGAGAAGCCGGGAAUGCGGUCGAAGAGAUGGAAGCGAACUCCAUCCCUUUCGCAUCCAAGAGAGGCUUUGAAUUCUUCAAAGUCAACGUUCUUGACGAUCCACGCAAGCGACGUAUUCUUGAUUCUAUCUUUGAGUGGUUUGGCUUAGGACUCUACCGAACCUUCGGUGCCAUGCCCGGCGAUUAUGCCUUUCGACAAAGCGAUCCAGCCUCAGGGCCCGAAUCCCUCCUAGUACAUAUCUGGAAAAAAGGAUCAAGGGUUGUGUAUUGGAAAGCCUCACAUUUGCAGCAAGUGGUGACCACAAAGGGAGAGAAUAAUUUGUGGAGAGCUCCUCGUGUGGCACUUAGACACGCGGGUCUUGAACCUGUGGAAGUCACGUUCGAGAACGGUGGAUUCUCUAUUCGUGACACACGCCUCUUUGUUGAAGUCUCUGAAGGGAGUGCUAUUACUUUCGGAAUCGCAUCCAGGGAUGUGCUAGAGAGAUGGUGGGCUCCAAUGAAGCUCCACAAGUCGCUUGAGGAGGUUGUCAGGAAGAUUGAGGGGCCCAAUUUCGGCAUGAACGUGGAAUACUUCGAAGAUAAACAUGAUGUACGAGCCCGUCCGGCCAACCCGCCCCCCGACUAG